AACUAACUAUAUGAACCAAGCAUGCAAACUAAUGUAAAAAGAAAGCUAUGCAACAUAAUGGCUAGACUUCCUUCUAUUUUGGUAAAAUUCAUGCUACUUUUGUUCAUGACCAAGUUUUCUUCAGCUCGAACUCUUGGCAAUCCAUCCUCUAACCAUAACCAUGGCCAUCACAGAAUAACAUUUUUAAUGAGGGACAUGUUCAAUAAUGGUAGUGCACAAUAUUCAGAGAAACCAGCCACUACUAAAGUCACUGGUCAACUACCUUUCCCAAAACCUCUAGGCUUUCUUCCUCCUAAAGGAGGGAUUCCAAUACCACAAUCCACUCCAACAACAAUUCCACUCACUUCAUCGUCCACUCAAACACUUGAUCUAUCUAGUAUUGGCUUCUCUUUUCCCACCAGAGCAACACUCCAAGAGCUAGAGUAUGGAUCAGUAGCAUCAAUAGAUGAGGAACUACUUAUAGAUGAUGGAGAUGAACUACACAAACUUGGAAAAGCACAAGGGGUGUCUGUUGCUAGCUCAGAGGAUGGAAGCAGCCAUAUGGUGGCUAUCACAGCAAACUUUUUGAAGGGUGAGUUUGAGGAUGGACUGAGGCUUUUUGGAAUGCACAAGACUGAUGUUUUUGAGUCACAUGUUGCAGUUAUUGGAGGCACUGGAAAGUACUAUGGUGCUAAUGGAUAUGCUGCAGUUAAGGUUGUGGACAAAGUAGGAUCUAGUGAAAAAGAAGGGAAAGUGACAAGUUCAAAGUUCCUCUUGUUUGAUGUGUAUCUUAGUUAAUUAAAAGGAUCUAAUCAUCUUUAGUACGUACACAGGUGUUAAUUAAAAUAAAUAAAUGCAGAAUGUGUUUUCUAUUCAGUGUUGAGAUCUAAUAUGAUAAUUUGAGUCCUAAUAUACGA